AGACAAAGGCGGAGAGAGACAAAGACGGAGAGGAGAGAGACGGAGAGGUCACAUGAUGGCUUCGCACUCCCAGUCGCUGUUCACCAUCAAGCGAGAAAACGAAGAAGAUCACCCGAGCCUCGGGAUGGGGCCGGGCUCGAAGGUUAAACACGAAGACGCCGAAGCUGCUGGCGCCGUCGUGAAGCAGGAGGACGAGGGGAGCCUGAGCCCCGAGAUCCUGAGGAUCGUGGUGAAAACGGAAGUGGAGGAUGACGCCACAGAAGCAAUCGAGGGGCCGCGUGAGACGGAGGAUUCUCACGGAUGUCUCUUUGCCGCGGACCAAAACUUCAUCGAGGUGGAGUUGUCGGAGGAGGAUGUCGGAGCGGAACUCCUGUGCGAGGAGUGCGAGGCGGGCGGGCGACCUCCGGGGACGGGGACGGACGACGCCGGACGCGCGGCCGCCACGCCGGGAGCCUCCUGCGCCCGGUGCGGCAAGCCGCUGGGAGCCGCGGCGCCGCCGUGCGCGGCGGUCGCCGGCGACCGGCGGAGGCACGCGUGCGCCGACUGCGGGAAGGAGUUCGCGCAGCGCUCCCACCUGGAGGAGCACGCGAGGACGCACACGGGCGAGAAGCCGCACGCGUGCACGGAGUGCGGGAAGAGGUUCGUGACGCGCUACAACUUGGAGACGCACUUCAUAUCGCACACCGGGAAGUGGCCGCACGUGUGCAAGGAGUGCGGCAAGGGCUACGCGCAGCGCUACUCCUUGGAGGAGCACCGGAGGACGCACACGGGCGAGAAGCCGCACGUGUGCACCGAGUGCGGCAAGGGCUUCACGCGGUCGUCCGACCUGAAGAUCCACUUCAGGAUUCACACGGGCGAGAAGCCGCACGUGUGCGCCGAGUGCGGCAAGGGCUUCGUGCAGAGCUCCCACCUGGAGGCGCACGCCGGGAAGCACGCGAGCGAGAAGCCGUACGCGUGCGCCGAGUGCGGCAAGGGGUUCACGCGCUCGUCCGACCUGAAGAUCCACCGCAGGACGCACACGGGAGAGUGGCCUCACGCGUGCGCCGAGUGCGGCAAGGGCUUCGCGAGGUCGUCCGACCUGAAGAUCCACCGCAGGACGCACACGGGCGAGAAGCCGCACGUGUGCGCCCAGUGCGGCCGCGGCUUCGCGCUGUCCUCCCACCUGGAGAGGCACGCGAGGACCCACACGGGCGAGAGGCCGCACGCUUGCGAGGAGUGCGGCAGGGCGUUCUCGCAGCGCUCCUCCCUGGAGGCGCACACCAGGACCCACACGGGCGAGCGGCCGUACGCGUGCGACCAGUGCGGCAAGGCCUUCGCCCUCCGCGCCACCCUCAACGCGCACGCGAGGACCCACACGGGCGAGAGGCCGCACGCGUGCAAGGAGUGCGGCAAGGCGUUCUCGCAGAGCUCCUCGCUGGAGGCGCACGCCAGGACCCACACGGGAGAGCGGCCGUACGCGUGCGACCAGUGCGGCAGGGCCUUCGCCCUCCGCGCCACCCUCAACGCGCACGCGAGGACCCACACGGGCGAGUGGCCGCACGCGUGCGCCGAGUGCGGCCGGGGCUUCGCGCAGCGCUCGGAUCUGGAGAAGCACCGGAGGACGCACAGCGGCGAGAAGCCGUACGUGUGCAAGGAGUGCGGCAGGGGCUUCGGGCAGAGUUCCACGCUGACGGCGCACGUGAGGACGCACACGGGCGAGAAGCCGCACGUGUGCAAGGAGUGCGGCGAGGGGUUUGCGCAGAGCGGUCAUCUGAAGAGGCACUCAAAGACGCACGCGCUCGAGUGAAAACCUUGCGUGUCCCGAAUGGGGGUUUUGUUUUUUUUGCCUCCCAUUUGAAAACCAGUGGGGGAUCGUUUUGCCGCUUUCCGUAUAUACAGGGUGCUUCAAAAAGUGUUUUAACACUGAUAUGGAAAAAAGAACAGAUAAUGCACCGUAACAUGAUAACAAAUGCCCUUUGGUCCUUCCGUUAAAGUCACGUAGGUAGAAACAAUAACAGAUCACGACAUUCUGAUCGCAACGCAAGCAAUCGUCAUCAGGCGGAAGAAAGAGAGAGGCUGCUUGAUGCAAGCUCACAUUGACAUGCAAAUCACAUUUACACAUUCUUGUUUUUUUCGGUAAAGUCACCACGUAGAAGGGAAACAAUAAAAUAACAAAGAUAUGAAACAAUAAAAUUCUCACGACGUUUUGAC